AUGAAGAAGCUUCUCAACUGGUGGCGUGGGAGGGACACCCGCAGCUGCCCCACCGACCUUCAGACGGGCAGCACAAGGAGCCACCCCCGUGCUCGUCCUCCCCCACCACCUGGCUACAGGCUCAGGGACAAGGAUUUGAAGAAAAUCCAUAAGGCUGUCUCCGUGGGGGAUUUGGAGAAAGUGCAGGAAUACCUUCACCUCAAGAAACAUGAUGUGAACAUGCGGGACAGAGCCCACAGAACACCCUUGCAUCUGGCCUGUGCGAAUGGAUAUCCACACAUCGUGUCGGCCUUACUAGAGAAACGAUGCAAUAUACACGCCCAGGAUGGAGAAAACAGAUCUCCCUUGAUGAUGGCAGUGAAGUGUCAAAAGGAGGAUUGCGCUGUUCUUCUUCUCAAACACGGCGCAGACCCAAACCUCACCGACGGCCACGGCAAUACUGCCCUCCACUAUGCUGUCUGCGGUACAAGUGUCUCAUUAGUGGAAAAGCUGCUCAAGCACAAAGCUAAUCUCGAAGCUCAAAAUAGGGACGGAUAUAGCCCACUUUUACUUGCCAUUACUGAACAUAAUGCAGAAAUGGUAGCGUUCCUUCUGAAGAAAGGGGCGGAUGUGAAUGCUUCAGACAAGUCUCAAAGAACAGCCCUUAUGAUUGCUCUCAGUGAGGAACCAACUAUUCUGGUCAAUCUCAUUCUUCAGCAAGAUGUGGACCUAUCUCGCCAAGAUAUUCACGGAUUCACAGCCGAGGAAUAUGCUUCUUUUAAUGGCUUUACUAUAUAUCAUCAAUUAAUGGCUAAUUAUGGAAAGGGGAAACAAGUUAAAAAGACAUCUGAUUCUGGAAAUACCACCGUGAGCACCACAUAUCUAUCUGAACGGAAGAAAGGUGAAUAACCUCAUUUGUACAAAUCCAUUGAUGCUUCAUCAAAGUGACUCAUCAAAGCAUGCUCACUGACCACCUGCUUGAAGAAAAG